ACUGUUUCAAUGAACGACGACAAAAAAGUUUUGGCGCUAAACUACUUGACCAAAAAGAUUUUAAGAUGCUCCCGGUUGUUGACGUUGGAAAAACAUGGCCCCAGUAUAUGGCCGUUAUGACAGCUUUGAUUGCGAUGUUAAACGCUGGUAUACAUUUUGGAUGGCCGAGUCCGAGUCUACCAAAGAUUAUGUCUGAUGAAUAUAAAUUUAAUAUUUCUUCAGAAGAGGCGUCAUAUAUUACAAUUAUAGGUCCCUUUGGUGAUAUCCUAGGAAGUAUAUUAUACCCAUCUCUAGUCGACAAAAUAGGACGACAAAAGACAAUAUUACUGAUAGCUGUUCCUCAAAUUUUGUCCAUGACUAUGAUUUAUCUCUCAUUUUUCUCCAAAUUAUUAUUGUAUAGUGCAAGAUUUAUCGGAGGAUUAGCAGAAGCUGGCUGUUUUACAAUAUUACCCCUUUAUAUUGGCGAGGUUGCAGAACCAAAAGUGCGAGGGGUUUUAGGCUCUCUUUUUUCUUUUGUCUUUAUUAUAGGAAUUUUUUUAAUAAACAGCGUUGGCUCUUAUGUUUCUAUACAUACAGCUGCUUUAAUAUUUUUAGUACUGCCAGUAAUCUUUGUAAUUAUAUUUUUCAAAAUGCCUGAAAGUCCAUACUUUUACGUUAUGAAGUCAGACUUUAGCAAGGCGGAAAAGUGUCUACAAGUAUUAAGAAGAAAACGACACGUGGAGAGAGAACUCACUACUUUGGUAAAUGACAUCAAUCGCCAAAUGUCGGAACCUGGAAGAUAUAAAGAUCUUUUCGUAAUUCAAAGUAAUCGGUUAGCUUGUAUGGUUAUGUUUGGUUUAAGAAUUAUUCAGCAACUUAGUGGAACUUCUCCGAUUUCUUUAUAUAUGCAAAUUAUAUUUGAAAAAUCAACAGACAUUAUGUCUAAAGAUUUGGCUUCUAUUCUUAUAUUUGGUCUGCAACUUAGUGUUAACUUCACUGCAGUACUCAUUGUUGAUAAAAUUGGAAGAAAACCAUUACUUAUUACAUCUUGCUUAGGGUGUUCUAUGAUUCUUACAACAAUGUCGAUUUAUUUUAUCUUGCAAGACCACACUAAUCUUAACCUUGCUAGCCUAAACUUUGUUCCUUUAGUUGGAAUAGUUCUUUUUACUAUAUUUUUUGCUAUCGGACAGGGCAAUGUUGUUAAUCUAAUGAUGGGAGAAAUGUUUUCUUCAAGUAUUAAGGCAAAAGCAUCUUGCUUAAUGAACAUACUUUUUGCCAUUUUUAUGAUGCUCACCACCAAAUUAUUUCAGCUCACUUCGGAUUAUUUUGGAAUGUACGUGCCGUUUUUAUUCUUUGCCAUUUGUCAACUUUUAGGAGUUGCAUUUUCAUAUUUUGUUGUACCGGAAACAAAAGGAAAGAGUUUAGAGGAGAUUCAGCAGGAACUUAAGAAGAGUUGAAAUACAAUCCGUUACAAGGUUUUGGAAUUUUGAAUUUUAUUUGAUACAAACAUUCUUACAAAAUUUAGAUGGAGAUUUCCAAAAGAAACGAGAAAAUAUGUAAUUAAUAAAAAUUAUACGAAAUCA